CCGCGUUCCUGCCCACUUCCCCACUCGCCCAGCCCCUCCUCUGAACUCUGAUCAAUCCUCUCUUCCCAGACGGAGCAAAAGCAACCGCGAGACGAAAGAGAGCGCCGGCGAGAGUUCGAGAUGGACCUCCUGGAGCGGCACCUCGACGCCGUCGCCUUCCGCGCCUACUCCCUCCCCGAGGUCGCCGCGGCCUGGACCUGCCUCGCCGCCGCCCUCGCCGCCGCCGCCGCGGCGGGGCUCUGGCGCCGACGGUCCUCCACUGCGCCGUCCGAUGCGAUCGCGGGAGACGCGAACUCGAAGCCUCUGGAGUCGGAGCGGUGUCCUCCGCCGUUGAUGAUGUCGUCUCCGCCGGAGAAGGAGAGGCUUCCGGAGCCGAAAUCGUCGUCGGCGCCGGCGCCGAGGGAGAGGUACACGGCGUACUACUACGACGACAGCGGCUGCGUCGGAAGCUGCUACAUGGACGAGGAGGAAGAGGGGGAGGAGGAUCAGGAUAUGGAAGAUGAAGAGGGUGUAUACGGGCCGCCGGCGCCGGAGGAGACGGAUCCGUUCCAGUGGGAGGUGGUGAGGUCGCUGCCUCUCACGGCGCCUGCGCGGUACGGAAUCUCCAGGCCGCCGCUCGGAGGCAGCGUCGUCAGGUUGUGGGACCAGGCCGCCGGGACCGGUAGGGGCUUCACGGCGAGCCCGAGACGACGGAGUGGUACAGCCGCCGCCGCUGAUCUCGGCCUCCUCGUCACUCCAAAAUACUGCUACUAGCAGCACAUCAACACAGAGCAGUCGUAGACCAGUAGCUUUGGAUUCGGAAGCAAAAUUGUUUCCGUAGCUUUAGCCGUUGUUGUUGGAAUAACAUUGUAAUCCUAUCCAAACUUUGCGCGCUGGCUGCGCAACCGGUGUCCAGGCUUGGGACUUGGGAGCAUUGGGUUCAUCAUCUGCCUGACAAUCCAUCGAUGAACUGAAUGCUCUGUAGAAAGAAAUUAACGUGUUCAGUUGAGCGACGUGUUUUCUCCCU